AUAGUUAGAGAAAUACAAAAGAAAAAAAAAGAAAUUCUUGUGCAACCCUACCACAUGAUGAAUUGAUUCAUUUACAAUUGUUUAAGACAAUUUUGCAACACCAUGAAAGCUAUAAUCCUUUUUUGUAGUUGGUGGUGUGAGUGUGAGGAAUUUCUAUAAUCAUGUUUACCUUUUUCUUCACAACAUUACAAACCCAUUUCAAAAAAUCAUCAACAAAUAUUUCCAAACCAAAAAAAAACAAAACUUGUAACUACAAAUGAAUGUUUUUUUCUUUGUCUUUGUUCUUUUGUUCAAUUAUGUAUUUUCUGAAUCUAGUAUUGGUAUUGGAUACAAAUUAAUGGUUCAAGUUCCUGGGAAGUAUGAAAUUGGUGGUUUUAUAGGUGGUGGUUAUCUUUUGGAGACUAAGACAGUACCAAAUUUCAGAGUUGCAUUGAGUAUUGAAGGUGUUAAUGGGAAAUUUUCAUGCUCAUUGUUGGUUUUUCUUGGUGAUGUUAAGGUUUGGGAUUCUGGUCAUUAUUCAAGAUUUUAUGUUACUGGGAAAUGUUUGUUAGAGUUUACUAUGGAUGGUGAUUUAAGGCUUAAAGGUCCUAAUGAGACAUUGGGAUGGAAAACUGGGACUUCAGGACAAGGUGUUAAGAGAUUGCAAAUACAGAACACAGGAAACCUUGUGCUUAUGGAUGAAUUUAACAAUGUAAAAUGGCAAAGUUUCAAUUUUCCAACUGAUGUAAUACUCCGAGGCCAGCAACUUGAUGUAGCGACUCGAUUAACAUCUUCGCGAAUCAACUCAAGCAUGUUCUACUCAUUCGAAAUCGAGAACAACAAGGUUGCGUUGUAUGUAAACUCCGGUAAAUUGAGGUAUUCUUAUUGGAAUUUUCAGCCUUCAAUGAAUAGAAGUAUUACAUACAUUAAGCUAAGUUCAAAAGGGUUGUUAUUGUUUGAUGUUAAAUACAAGAAAAUAGCUCAAAUUCCAUCUCAAACUGUUCAACCACUAAAAUUUUUAGCACUAAAGAAUGAAACAGGAAAUUUUGGCCUUUAUUACUAUUCACCCGAGAAACGAAAAUUCGAGGCUUCUUUUCAAGCACUUAACAAUACAUGUGAUCUUCCAAAUUCUUGUAGACCUUAUGGUAUAUGUACAUUUUCCAAUACAUGUUCAUGUAUUCUGAUUUUGACAAAUGACAAAAAGGGUAGUUAUGAUUGUAGUGAAGGAUUUUCCGGAGAUUUUUGCAGCGGUAAAAAGGCGGAAAUGUUGGAAAUUGAUAAUGUAAGUAGUGUGAUCAAAGGUAUUCCUCAAACUGUUAAUAUUAGUCGAGACGCGUGUUCGAGUUUAUGUUUACAGGAUUGUAAAUGUGCCGCGGCAUUGUAUUUUCGGAAUGCUAGCGUAGAAGCUGCGGAAUGUUAUCUUUAUAGAUUAGUCCUUGGUCUCAAACAGGUAGAUAAAGGCACCGGAUUUAGUUAUAUGGUUAAGGUUCCAAAGGGAAUUGGUCAAAAUCAUGAGAAGCAUAAUUUGAAAAGAUGGAUACUUCUAGCGGUAGGAGUUUUUGAUGGUCUUAUAGUUAUGACUCUUGUUGGUGGUUUUGUUUACUGGUUGAUCAAACGAAGAAGUCGUGGAUCGCGUUCCGGAGACAGAAUUUCAUGAGAAGUUUAAGAAACUGAAGUCAAAAAAUAAGAAAAAAGAUACAGAAAUCAUUAUAUUAACAUGUGUAUACAUAGUUUUGGUUGAUUCCAAGUAAUUGAAAAUUAUUGAUGGUGACAAAAUGCUGCAUAUUUGCAGUUUAUACAAAAUUUACUUAUCAAUGAUGGAAACAGA